GUCUUAAACUCUCCGUGUCAGCGUCUGCUCUCUCUCAUCCAGCAGCAAUCAUAAUGGCUAAAAACAGUUCUGCCAGCAUGUUUGGUGGAGCCGGGGGAAGGGGCGCCCGGGCGUCCGUAUCGACCUUGGAUGGGCUGCGUAAAGUGCUGGGCAAUCAGACAGAAACAGAUUCCGCUCCCAUCGCCAAAGCCGCUGCUCAGCCUACAGCUUCCGCGGCUCCGAGCGGUUAUGACACUCCUGUCGCUCCUCUCCCUUCUGAGGACAACAAGCAGGAACUGCGGACCCUGAAUAAUCGGCUGUCCGGUUACCUGGACAGAGUGAGGCAGCUACAGAAUGAUAACGAAAAUCUGCAGAAACAGAUCGAUGAUAUUCUGGCCAAGAGGAAAAUACCCGAGGGACGUGACUGGGAUGAAAUCCUGAAACCUCUGGAUCACCUUAAAAAGCAGAUCAAAGACAGUACUGAUGACAAUGCUAAGCUACUGCUGCAGAUUGAUAACAGCAAACUGGCCAAGGAGGACUUCAACAACAAGUUGGAUGAUGAGAAUAAAGCAUGCAUAGAAUUAGAGAAAGACCUGGAGGCCCUGAGGAGGACCAAAGAUGACAUCAAAAUGAACUGUGAGCAGAACAAGAAGGAGAUCGAAAUGGUGAAAGAGGAGCUCGAGCGUCUCAAGCAGGAACAUAAGAAUGAGGUCAAUUCUCUGCUUGAGAAGAUCAAGGACUCUGACGUGAACGUGGAGAUUAAGUCCCAGGACUCCAGCCUGGCUGACAUUAUCAAGAAUGUCCGCGUGCAUUAUGAUAAAAUCGCUGAGAAGAACCUGAAGGAGGCUGAUGACUGGUACAAAGACAAGUUUGAACCCAUCAAGGUAGAAGAGGCCAAGAACACCGAGACCUUGAAGUCUGAAACUAAUGAGCUCAAAAGUCUCAUGAAAAAGAAGCAAAAUGUGGAAAUUCAAAUUCAGGCCAGCAAAAGCACGAUCCGCAAUCUGGAGGAGACCCUGAGAAACAUCAAAAUGGAGAACAGUCAACGCCUGGGGCCAAGCAACAAGAUCAUUCUUGAUCUGGAGAGGGAUCUUAGGAAUGUGAGGUCACAGGUGGAACAACAGCUGGAAAUCAACAAAGCCCUGCUGUGCAUCAAGAUGAAGCUGGAGAAAGAGAUCGAGCAGUACCACGAGCUUCUUUCUGGCUUAACUGCUGAUCCUGAAAGACCAAACGAAAGCUGAUGUGCCUGAACAGCAGCAAGACAAAGAAGAAACACUUGAAAAAUAAGGAAGUGCCCCCCCACCUGUAAAGUGGAGGAGAAACCCGCAAUCCAGGCUAAGGCAGGUUGCUGAAAGCAAGGAAGCAGAUCUAGUCAGCAGCCCUGCUAAAUAGAAAAAAUCCAAAAAAACUAAGAUGGAUUCCUCCUUUUCCUCUUCCUCCUCAUCUUCUUCUGAGAAAGUAGAAGAAAAGUCUAAAACUGAGAGUAAAGUGGUGACAGCUUGAUCUUUAAUUGCCCCCCCCCCCCCCUCCAUUUCAGCUAUAUGGUCUUUUCAGUUGGCCAGCCAAGUAUCUUAUUAAAGCUGCCUCCUGUGAUGGUGCUGCAACCUGUAAAGUUACUCUGAGGUGUGGUUGAGGUGUUUGUUCUCAGCUGUGCGUGAAAUAAAUACAUGUGGUUUUGAAA